AUGCUAGGAACCAUGACGAAUGCGUGCCAAGCUCCAUGUUUUCCGAAUGUUCUUCGAACAGUGACGGCUGUUGUGACAGUGUGCAUGGUGUGUCUAGCGAGACCUGCGAAAUCCGAUGUCCCGAUCGUUCACACAGAUUCUGGACUCGUGAUGGGGACUCGUGCCACUGUCGGCGACAAACGGGUUGACGCGUUUCUAGGAAUACCGUAUGCUCAACCACCCGUCGGGGAUCUCCGUUUUAGAAAGCCCGUGCCAAUAUCGCCGUGGAAAGGGACAUACAAUGCCUCAAGUAAGCCCAAACCUUGCUGGCAGCUGAAACUUCGUUUUGUGGAGAAUCAAACUAUUGACUACUCAAGCGCCUCCGAAGACUGUUUGUACCUGAACGUGUGGAGACCCUCUUGCACGAGCACUAUGUCCUGUGAAAAGAAAAAAUCCGUCAUAGUUUUUAUUCACGGAGGAGCUUUUCAAUGGGGCGAUUCGUCACUUUUUAUUUAUGAUGCUGCCAACUUUGUUGCUUUGUCAGAUGUCGUCUACGUUACAUUCAAUUACCGACUCAGCAUACUCGGAUUUCUGUCAUCGGAUACCCCAGAGCUGCCAGGAAACAUGGGCCUCUGGGACCAAAACUUGGUACUGAGAUGGGUCAAGAGGAACAUUGGAAACUUCGGGGGUGACGCGAAUGAUAUUACGAUUGACGGUCAAAGCGCCGGAGGCAUCUCGGCGGGUCUGCACGCGAUUUCUCCGCACAGUCAAGGUCUGUUCAAAAGGGUAAUUAUGUCAAGUGGUACCUCCCUUUCAAUUAUUCUUGGAAUUUCGUACAGCGGACUCGGAAAAUUUACAGGUAUUGUUGGAACACUUGGAUGCUACGAUUAUGAAAAGAAUAUAAAAGAUCAGCUUCCAAGUGUGUUGGAUUGCCUGAGAAAAUUAGAUGCAGCUCAGAUAUUCCACACUCUUGAAUCUGUAGACGCAGUUCAACAGAUAUUUUCCCCGGUGCAAGGAGACGAAUUUAUUCCCCGCCAAAUACUAUCGGAAAAUACAUACAAAAAGCUUCCCUUUAAAGAAAUUCUCCUGGGGGCAAACUUGAACGAAGGAACACUUUUUUUCGAUAAUCUCAGAUACACAUUUCCUGCGCUGUCAAACAUGUUGUCUGGUGACUAUCGUUUUGCCGUGACAGUUUCCCUAGGGCCCGUUUUCGAUAUUUCACUCCCACAAGCGAGACGGAUUGUUAACUUUUACUAUGGAGACUAUGACGUGCAACAUGAUUCCAAAACUGUCGGAGAUAUCUUCAGCCAAAUAUUUGGAGAUGCUAUUUUUAACUGCCCGACCCAGCUCUUUGCUGACACGGCUUCCAAGCAAGGAAUCAUCACCUAUCGAUACGUGUUCGCCCACAGACCGUCAUACAGCUUCUGGCCAGGGUGGAUGGGGGUAACUCACGGCGACGAAAUAAUGUCAACCGUUGGAUCUCUUCCAUUUAUACUUGACAAGAGCAGAUAUACUGAACCACUAAGUGAGUCAAGCAGGAAGUACUUGGGACGCCUGAGCUACACGCCAGAUGAAGAAAACUUCAUGAAGCAAUUGGUCAGCGCAUGGGCUGCCUUCGUCAAACAUGGGAAACCAGUGAUACCUGUGCCUGGCGUAGACUGGCCGCUGUAUACGUCUGACAACCCGAAGUUACUCUACCUGCAGCCCAACAACUACACGGUCGCACCUGACCCGCAUCGGGAAGCUUGCAAAUUGUGGAAGCCACUUCUCUACAGGAAGUAG